GACAUGGCUUCCUGUUUUCUCUUUUGCGCCAUUCCUUUAUGAUCUUUUAUCAAUGUUACAAAGUUUUCCAUCAUCUUUUCUGAAUACAAAAUGGUAGAAGUGACCGUAAUAUCUUCGAGCACAGUUCGACCCACACACAUAAACGAAUCUAGUCAAGCAAAGAUUCAUCUAACUCCACAUGAUCUUGACCUUCUUUAUCUUGUUUAUCCUCAAAGAGGUCUUCUCUUCCCGAAACCAGACCCGAACAGCCAUUUCAUCCCUCAAUUAAAGGCCGCUCUUUCCACUGCCUUAGAUAUCUAUUUCCCGUUUGCCGGUCGUCUAGUCAAAGUGAACAAUCAUGAAGACAAUACAGUGUCGUUUCACAUCGACUGUAACGGCUCAGGCGUCAAAUUCGUUCACGCCAACGCUGAUACCGUCUCCGUGGGCGACUUCCUUCAGUCUCGUGGUUCUGUUCCUAAUUUCAUAGGUCUUUUCUUCCCUGCGAACGAUGUUGAGAGCUAUGACGCCCUCAUCUCGGAGCCCUUGCUUGCACUGCAAGUCACCGAGAUGAAAGAUGGAGUUUUCAUCAGUUAUGGUUAUAAUCACAUGGUGGCAGAUGGGUCUUCUUUCUGGAGUUUCUUCCACUGUUGGUCCAAGAUUUGCCUGACCGGUUUGGGUUCUAAUUUUCAGCCUCUUGUUCUCAAAGAUUGGUUCCUCGACAAGAUUGACUAUCCUAUACAUAUCCCAGUUUCAGAGAUGGAGACACCACCCAAUUGUGAAACUUCAACUAGAGAGAGAGUUUUUCACUUCACAAGGAAGAAGAUUUCGUAUCUCAAAGCCAAAGCCAACGAGCAAAUUGGCUCCGUUGAUUCGAAAAUCUCGUCUCUUCAAGCCGUUGUAGCAUAUUUAUGGCUAUCAAUCAUGACACAUAGCGGUCUAAACAGAGAAGAAAUGACGCAAUGCAAAAUAGCCGCGGAUAUGAGGCGGAGGCUAGACCCUCCUCUCAAGAAAGAGUGUUUUGGGAAUGUGACCGCUCUCGCGGUUGCUACAACCAACGUGGGAGAACUGUUGGAUCAUGGGAUAGGAUGGACUGCUUUGCAAAUAAGUAAAACGGUGAGGUCACAGACGAAUAAGAGUUACAAAAACUUUGCGGAGAAUUGGGUUACAAAUGUGAAGAUACCAAAAAUAGGAGUUGGAAGUAGACUGGCUGAUCAUUCUUUGAUCGUGGCGAGCUCUCCAUUGUUUGAAGUUUAUGAUCAUGAUUUUGGUUGGGGGAAACCGAUUGCGGCUAGAGCUGGACCGGGUAAUGGUAUCGGUGGUUUGCUAGUAAUGUUUCGUGGAGUUGAAGAAGGGAGUAUUGACGUCCAUGCGACCUUGACGUCAUCUUUAUGGUCUGAUGUACUAAUUAACAUAUUUGCUGAAUAAAUAGAUCUCUAUAAUAUUAUUUGAGAAGUCAGUUUCCUAUGUGUCGCGCUCACGUUAACUUUCACGGUGGUUGAUUACAAUGAUACCCUUAAUGAAUCAAAUAUAUAUUUAAUUAUCA